GAUACAGUAACUCCAUUGAUUCUUCAUAGGACUGAUUUGAUUAAACUUAAUGCAAUGCUUCUCUUCCAGCAUUCCGUGUUAUGGGCGUUAAUCGUUGGAGUGAUUUUGGCUUUCCUUCUUGGAGUUGCAAUGGGUGGCAACGACGUGGCGAAUGCUUUCGGUACUUCAGUGGGCAGUGGAGUGCUGACGAUAAUACAGGCCUAUAUAAUGGCCAGUAUAUUCGAAACACUAGGAGCUGUGCUUGUGGGUUGGUCAGUGACCGAUACAAUGCGAAAAGGAGUGGUUGACACACAGCAAUAUGAAAACAAUCCAAAGGAGCUAAUGCUGGGACAGGUGGCCAUAUUAGGAGGAUGUGCUGGAUGGCUUCUAAUUGCCACCCUGUGCCGUAUGCCAGUCUCGACUACUCACUCAUUGGUUGGUGCUACUCUCGGUUUCUCCAUAGUCCUGCGUGGAUUUCAUGGGAUCCGAUGGAUGAAGAUCGUCGACAUUGUGGUCUCAUGGUUUUUGUCGCCCGCAUUAUCUGGCACCAUUUCUGUGAUUCUCUAUAUGAUAGUGGACUUUAGCGUAUUGAGAAGGAAAAAACCCUUCGAAUGUGGUCUGCGGGUGCUGCCAAUCUUCUACUUUAUCUGCAUAGCAUUUGAUGUAUUAAUGAUCACGUUGGACGGCUCAAGAUUGCUGAAAUUCGACAAAAUCCCCGUGUGGGGAGCCGUCAUUAUCUCUUUGGGAUGUGGAUUGAUCGCGGCUGCUUUCGUUCAAUUCGUAAUGAAACCGCGAUUCAACCGGAAAAUCCAAAGUCUGUCAUUUCUAAGGCGAUUAACUUUUGAGACAUUGAAGAAAGGUUACAGCAACAUCAUCCGUUAUGCCCGUUCAUGCAGUGUGCGGUCGUUUCUCGGCUGGUUUUUCCCUGAUAAGGAUCGUAUUGAAGACGAUCAAACAAUCAAACUCUUCUCAACAAUACAAGUAAGAUUUGAUUUAUAUCGAAAAAAGGUUCGCAGAAACAGAGACCGUUACUAUCGCAAUGCGAUUGCUCCUCUGACCGCUCUAGUAUCAAUAUACAAAGACAAAAAUGCCAUGCAAGAAGGGGAGGUUCCUAUUUAUAUCCUACUCUAUGGAGUGUUCGGAAUUUGCGUAGGAUUGUGGACUCUUGGGCACCGAGUUAUCCGGACCGUUGGUACCAAUAUGUCAGAAAUCAAUCCAGCAACUGGUUUCACGAUAGAGUUCGGUGCAGCCAUGACGGCGUUGAUCUCAAGCAAACUCGGCCUUCCGAUCAGUACCACGCAUUGUUUGGUAAGAAUGUUACUCAAGACAAAAAGCCUUACAAUACUUUACUCUGUACUGUCUGAAAACUACCGGAGCAGUCUAUCAGUGUCUCUUUGCAUGUUGCGGCGGAUUUUCGUCUACCAACAUUUAUUAGAACAAGCUUGA